AUGAUUACUACUCGUGCCCUGCGGGAAGCACGUGCUGCUGCAUAUAUCAGUAUGGUGACUAUUGCUUUGGAUGGGGUUGCUGCCCUUUGGAGUCUGCAACCUGCUGCGAUGACCAUUACAGCUGCUGCCCCCAUGAGUAUCCCGUCUGUGACCCUGAAGCUGGAACCUGCCGAGUGCAAGAACAAUCCAUUUGGUGUCAAGGCAUUGACUCGUGCGCCUGCUAGAAUCACUCAGUCUCACCAUGUUGGUGGUGAGAGGCGAGCUGGUAGGAGGUUCAACCCUGUUUGA